AUGUCAUCAUCCGGAAAUAGUCAGCCGAACAAUGAAGCCCCUAUCCUUCAUAUCGACGCUGCUACAUUUCAAGCCGCGGUAACAGUUGUUGUGGCAGCUGUCCUUACAAAUCUCAACACUGGCAACGCAAUCACGACUGACAAAGGAAUUGAAAAUUUCGAUUGUUGUAUCAAUCCAGGAAGCCAACAAAGGGCAACAGUCAUGGAAGUACAAAGUCGUAAAACCAAGAAGAGGAAACGAUAUCGCCAAGCUCGAAGGGAGCGUCAACGAUCCCAAAGACUUGUCAUGCAACAGCAACAAGUGGCAACUCCUGCCCCUUCAGCACCGGCACAACCAAUUUCUCAAGCCCCCGACAUCGGGACAAACUCUGCACACAAAGGUGGUGGUAAAACCGGACCCCAUAAAAGGAAAGUUUCGAAGUGGAUGAACGAGGAUGUCACAACUAGAAAUUUUGUGUCAUUUCGUAUGGCUGGUUUCCACCACCCUGGAGAUCCCUACUUUCCUAAUCAGGGAAAUAACGGAUUGCUAGAGGAAUCCAACAAGGACCCUAGAGAGGAACCUGAAGAGGACCUAGAAGAGGACCCUGAGGAAGAGGAAGAAGAAAUUGAAGAGGAACCUGCGGAACCCGUGGCAGAUGAUGGUGAAGAAGAGUCUGGUGACGACAUCGAUGAUGAUUCGGACGCAGAGUCCGAAGUCAUCAACCCACCAUACCCAGUGAGGGUACCGGCUCACUGA